CGGAUAAACAAUCAAUUGUGGUUUGUAGAUGUUUUGUGCUGUAGUGUCAAUUGUGACAUACUGACAUUGACAAUUGACUAUAUCCAUUAUCCAUCUCAGUGUUGAAAAAUUUGAUAUUUUUCUUGCUUUUAAUAACUUUAGAAAUUUGCGAUUUAUUCAAUAAGUACGGAGCUUAAAAAUGAUGUCUUUAAACCCAGUCAGAGUACUUAAACAUGAAGCAGAAGAGGAGAAAGCUGAAAUAGCUAGAUUGAGCAGCUUUGUAGGAGCUAUAGCUAUUGGAGAGUUGGUAAAAAGCACUUUGGGCCCAAAAGGAAUGGACAAAAUCCUUGUGUCAAGCGGCAGAAAUGCAGGCAGUGUUGAAGUGACUAAUGAUGGUGCUACAAUUCUUAAAGCUGUAGGUGUAGAUAACCCAGCUGCAAAGAUUUUGGUUAAUAUGUCAAAGGUACAAGAUGAUGAGGUUGGAGAUGGAACAACAUCAGUCACAGUAUUGGCAUCUGAAUUACUGAAAGAAGCAGAGCGUCUAAUUGACCAGAAGAUACAUCCUCAGACAAUUAUUGCUGGGUGGAGAAAAGCAACAGAUGUGGCUAAAACAGCACUAUAUAACAUUUCUAAAGACAACAGUGCUGAUUUAGCCAAGUUUCGUGAAGAUCUGAUGAACAUUGCCAGGACAACAUUGAGCUCAAAGAUAUUGAGUCAACAUAAAGAGCAUUUCAGCAAGUUAGCUGUUGAUGCUGUGUUGAGACUGAAAGGCUCAGGAGAUCUACAGGUACACUUUUUUGCAGAAUCUAAGUCAUGGCUUGGGUUUUAUUAAUUUAACAGAUUUUAUAAUAAUCAUUUAUUAUGACAAAUUUAUACUGCUUUUUCUUGUAUUUGAGGCUAUCCAAAUUAUUAAGAAGACAGGAGGUACUUUGGAAGACUCAUUCUUGGAUGAAGGUUUUUUGCUGGAUAAAAAACCAGGAGUUCACCAACCCCAACGGGUAGAAAAUGCUAAGAUCUUGAUAGCUAAUACUCCCAUGGACACAGACAAAAUCAAAGUAUUUGGAUCACAUAUUAAGGUGGAUUCAAUGGCAAAGAUAGCAGAACUGGAGUCUGCAGAAAAGGAGAAAAUGAAAGAUAAAGUGAACAAGAUCUUGAAACAUGGAUGUAAUGUGUUCAUCAAUAGGCAGCUCAUCUACAAUUAUCCGGAACAGCUGUUUGCUGAUGCUGGUAUCAUGGCGAUAGAACAUGCUGAUUUUGAUGGAAUUGAGAGGCUGGCAUUGGUGACAGGUGGUGAAAUUGUGUCAACAUUUGAUGCACCAGAGACAGUACGACUAGGAAAAUGUGACCUUAUUGAACAGGUGAUGAUUGGCGAAGACAUACUGCUCCGCUUCAGCGGCGUGCUACUUGGUGAAGCGUGCACGAUCAUAAUCAGGGGCGCCACGCAGCAGAUCGUCGACGAGGCGGAGCGCUCCUUGCAUGAUGCGCUCUGCGUGUUGACAGCUACUGUCAAGGAGAGCAGGAUCAUCUGCGGAGGAGGUUGCGCGGAGACUGCAAUGGCGGUCGCUGUUACAAAAGCCGCCGCUACUACUCCAGGCAAAGAAGCAAUUGCAAUGGAAGCCUUCACUAGAGCUCUCCUCCAGUUGCCCACGAUCAUAGCAGACAACGCUGGUUACGACUCUGCUCAACUGGUGAGCGAACUAAAGGCUGCCCACAACGCCGGCAAAUAUACGACGGGUCUGAACAUGGACAAGGGUGAACUGGCGGACCUGCAAGCACAGGGAGUCACAGAAUCAUACGUGGUGAAGAGGCAAGUGCUGCAGUCUGCUGUCGAAGCUGCCGAGAUGAUCCUGCGCGUGGAUGACAUCAUCAAAGCGGCGCCAAGGAGGAGAACCGAAGACAGAGGAUUCUGCUAGGGUGUGUCUUGGCUACUUCAUCGAAUUGCGAUCUUCGUUACAUGUAUGCAACAUACUUUGAAAGUGUUGUGUAACCAUUUUUUUUUCACAUGCUUAUUUGACUUACGUUUACGUCUUAAAUGUACCGUUUUAACCAUAUAGCACUAUGUAACCUGUUUGAUAAUGAAUUUCUCAUUAUUUAUAAA